GUCGCAGAAAAGAAUGAUUGAACAUCAACAUUUUGCUGAUUAUUACAAGAAGACACGCACAAGUGUCGAUGCCGCUACUGAUAUUACUGAAGCAAGCAUGGCAACUUUCAAUACUGGCUCCACUUCCUCAUCGUCGAAUAAUGAAACAGACACUGCAAUCUAUUCCUUGAAUAAUGCCUCUGCUAAUCCCACCACUGCCGAUUAUAUUGACGAUUCAUUCGUUGUUCCCAGCACUGGUGCUCGCUUGACAUUGUAUACCGGAUUGGCUGUCCUGAAGAGAUACUACUCAUUUCUAGCCAAUUCUUCUGUACUUUCUGCUUCUUUAACCACUCCUACUUCAGCUCCACAGUCAACGGUCACCGAGCCUCAUUUCAACUUUUCCCCGGCCCCCGACGAAGCCAACGCAUGGAUAGUACAGGUACAUCUUCCUGCUGGAGCACCUUUUCAGAGCCUUUGGUCAGGCCCACAUCGUACUAAGCCCUUGGGCAAACUUCUUCUUGCAGUUAAAGUCUGCAAACGAUUGUACGAACUCGGUGCACUUGACGAUAACUUGCAACCAACUUCUGUAAAAAUGGAUAUACAGACGCCUCACAAAGGCAAAGAUGGUUCUGGCUUGGAACAUCAUAGGGACGCAGCAAAAAGUAUCAUCAUGAACAAUGGCUCUGAAAUGUCAGAGGAGAUCGAAGCAACCAUGAGACUGUUGGCAAUUACAAUUGAUGUCCACGGGGUCAAUGCUUUUCUUUUGUUUCUACAAGCAAGAAGCUUCCUCCUCUUAUUCAUGGAUUCACAUUCUCUCCCACCCAAUCCAUUUUAUUUUAAAGUCAAGGAAUCGCUCGUUCGCGACGUACCCGCCUUUACAUGUGAGAUGCAUAUGCGAUUGCAAACAGAUUCUGUCAAAGUUGUAUCAGACAUAUUCAAAGAGCAGGGCUUGGCAAUUUGUCACGCCAUACUACUUCUGUGCAUGAAACUUGACCUAGUCCGUGGAAUGUCAUUGAGGCAAACGGUUGUUGCCAGGGUUUCCCCCCGGGCCCGUAAUGUCUGUGGGUUAUCAACAUUAAGGUUCUUGCUGGCAGUUGAGGGCUUUGUUGUUACGCCUGACAAUAAAAGAAGUUUAUUGCUUAAGCGACGAGAGAAUUAUCUCAGGUCUGAGGCUUUAGUCGAUCGGUUCAAAGAUAUCUCUGGCCUAGCAUUCUUGAACUCGGGUAUUCGAGUAGAGCGUUUUUUUGCGCAAACCUUAGCUGAGGCUUUAUUUGUAGGGGGUCUCGAUUUUGCCUUGUGGAUAGCGAAAGACUUGAUUGGAGAUGAUGUUUUUCCAGAGAUCAUUCAAUGGAAGGAUUUAAGCAAAGCCUUUGCGAAAAAUUCCAUGUCCCAUUUCCCACACUCCCUCAAGCUAUCGGCGCCAUUGAUGACUUUAGACGAUCAGGAUAUAAAGGACAUCGAGACUAUCAUCGGCUAUACCUUUAAAAACAAGUUAAUCCUCCAAAACGUCUUCACACCCACGUCAAUUAGUUUCGAUCGCUUUGGGUAUUUAGGCAACGCGGCGAUGAGUUUGUUCGUGACCCUAUAUUGGAUGCGAUGUAUGGAUGAGGAGGAUCAGGGACGGGUCAGCAAUAAGAUAAAUGAAAUGAUCACAAGUAACAUUGCUGGAAGAUUAUUCUAUCGACUUGAGCUUUACAAGUUUAUCAAAGAUUCAAAGAGAACCAUUGUUGACUCUGAGAUUACGCGUAUUAAUGAGCUGAUCGGGGCCAAAGGCGAUGUAUACUUGAACUCGAGAAAUAUGAAGUUUCCAAAGUUGUUUACAGAUACAAUGGAAGCGUUGAUAGGUGCAGUGCUGGUAGAUUCGGACUUUGACGUAGAUGAACCAAGCAUGGUGUUCAUGAAGACACUGGUGCCUUUGAUGUUUCCACCAAUGUCGGAAUAUGAUUUUUAAAGGAAGGAAGAAGAACAUCACGAUAUAUUGCUUUAUAUCUUCCAAAGACCCUAAUAACGUACCGCCUACAGUUAAAAUAAAAAAAGGGUGGA